UCUUUGAAGCCCUCAAUUUUAGCUUGACGGCUAUGGCCACUCGGUGCCUGCCUCUGCUUCGCCGAGCCCCUCUUCUCUCUCCUCAUCCGCCGCCCUUCUUCCACUUCUCCUCACUCUCCACUUCCAUCAAUCAGCCCAAAUUCAAGCACUCAAUCACUCGCUGCUGCGCCUCAAUCGAAGAAUCCGCGCUGUCUACUCUCACGCAAUCAGAAAUUCCAACAAUGCGCAGAAAUUCGAACUGGAAGCCAAUGUGCUUGUACUACACCCAAGGCAAAUGCACCAUGAUGGAUGAUUCUCUACAUGUUGACAAGUUCUGCCAUAGCUGCUCGAUUGAGCUGCGGGAUGGAAUUCCGGAGCUGAAGAAUCUCCGGGAACAAAAGUUCGAUUACUUUCUGGUGCUCGAUUUAGAGGGCAAAGUUGAGAUUCUGGAGUUUCCUGUGAUGUUGUUUGAUGCGAAAACUUUGGAUGUGGUGGAUGUGUUUCACAGGUUCGUAAGGCCUACAAAGAUGAGUGAGAAAAGAGUAAAUGAGUACAUUGAAGGAAAGUAUGGCGCUUUUGGGGUUGACCGUGUCUGGCAUGACACAGCCAUAACGUUUCCCGAGGUCGUUGAACAAUUUGAAAGUUGGCUGAGAGAGGAGCGAGAUGGGGGUAAUAGGUUAUGGAACGAGGAGGGAGAUGGACGUCUCAAUAGUGCAGCAUUUGUAACUUGUGGGAAUUGGGAUUUGAAAACCAAAGUACCCCAGCAAUGUGAAGUAUCCGGGAUGGAGCUUCCACCAUAUUUUAUGGAAUGGAUCAAUCUGAAGGACAUCUACCUGAACUUUUACAACCGAAGGGCACCGGGAAUGCUUUCAAUGAUGAGAGAACUCCGUUUAAAACCAUUAGGAAGCCACCAUCUUGGCAUCGACGAUUCAAAAAAUAUUGCAAGAGUGUUGCGACAUAUGCUCACGGAUGGCGCCUUCAUGCAAAUUACCGCGAAAAGAACUCACAGCUCGCCUAGUGCUGUCAGAUUUCUCUUUCAGAAUCGCAUCUAGUUUCUCGAUAACUAAUGAGGUCGACUUUCCCCUCAGACUGAAAUCCAUUUUUGUAUAGUCUUGACAUAUUCGAGACUAUAACAAGCAUGUAAAUAAAUUACGCUAACUUAUUGAUUUUGUUGCACGUGACAGUUGGACCCACUACUUUUGUCAAAAAGUGAAAGUUGUAAAAAGUGGUUGGUUUAACCGUCACGUGUAGCAAAAUCGCCGAGUUUGUGUAAUACAUGCACAUGCUAUAUAGAAUUUCCCAUGAAUUUGGU